UGGACUCUUCAUGUGUUCGACCUUAGGGGUUGAAUAUGGACUUGGGGCGUCCAAGGAGGUUUUUAACCUUAGCUUUUUCCUCAUACUGCCUCCCGGGACCAACCUUUUCCAACCCAAUUCCAGUCAGGAAAGUGGCGGUCGGGUUUGCGGGACACGUUCAGGGCUUCUGGUUCAGCAGAGCCUUGCCGGAUUCUCUUAAUAAUUGAAAUUCUGCGCUUGGUUGAGUCUUAGAGAUCCUGUUUUCACAGGAAGGGGAAAGAAGGAAAAAUCUUCCUCAACGUUUUUGUCCUGUUGCCCCUACUGACACAUUUGUUGGAUCUUCGAGAAUAAGACCUGCUUCAGAAUGUUAGUGAUAAUUGGAAUCAACAGAAAUGAGGGUUGACAACAGUGUAAGAUGAAAGAAAGAAACAAAGAUUGUUAUUGUAAAAAGAAGAGGACUGAGGUUGUGAAUCUGCUGGUAGGAAGAGGGAGCCAGCGGAGUUAGCAGGGAAGAGAGAGCAGCUGCAUCUGUAAAGAGGGUUAUUACACCCGCGAAGGGCCAGGAAGCUGGAUGAAAGCCCUCAGGAGCAAGGAAGAGAUCCUAGAGGAUUCGGAAGGCUUUUAAAAAAUGAGAAGCUGUAUAUAAAUAUAAAUAUAAACAAUGGUGAAGAAAAUGGGAAAAUAUAAGCAAUGGUGAAGAAUCCUUCCCAGGAAAAUCGUAUGAGACCUGAACAAUCAAGGCUGGGUUAGAGAGAACAGAAACCUGCUAUCCCGAAGAACCUGCAGACAUGGCCGAUCACGGGGCAGAUGAGCCGUCCUCUGGGUCAGGGAGUCCAGAUGGGGAGGGUCCAGAGUCUGAGGACAGAUCGUCGCUGCAGCAGAGGCUGGCCAUCAGGGAGCUCAUCGACACCGAGGUCUCCUACUUACAUAUGCUCCGACUCUGCGCCUCCGACAUCAAGAGUCGGCUCCAGCAGCUGCCGCAGGGAGACCUGGAUGUGCUGUUCUCAAAUAUGGAUGAUAUCAUCAAGGUGAAUGGCAGAUUUCUUCACCAUCUGCAGGAGUCGGCUUCUGAGGAAGAACAAGUGUAUUUAAUAGGGAACUUGUUCCUGGAUUUCCAAGAGGAGUUUGAGCAAGUCUACAAGGUCUACUGUGUCAGCUAUGAUCAGGCCUUGCUGUUGGUGGAGACGUACCAGAAAGAGCCAGAGUUGCAACGGGAAAUCCAGAGCAUCGUUGAGGCAGUGGUGCCCCAAGCCGGACGUUCAGGCCUCAGUUUCUUGCUGGUAAUCCCUCUACAGAGGAUUACCAAGUAUCCAUUGCUGCUGCAGAAAAUUCUGGAGAACACACUUCCCAACGCCCGGGCUUACUCUGUCCUCCAGAGGGCCGCCUCUGCCCUCCGGGACGUCAAUGCCAACAUCAAUGAGUACAAGAUGCGCAAGGAAGUGGCUUCCAAGUACACCAGGGUGGAACAGCUGACCCUCCGGGAGCGGCUGGCCCGCAUCAACACACACACCCUCUCCAAGAAGACCACCCGACUGAGCCAGCUGCUGAAGCAGGAGGCAGGGCUGGUGCCCAGGACGGAAGACAAGGAGUUUGAGGACUUAGAAGAGAGGUUCCAGUGGGUGUCAGUGUGUGUGACUGAGCUAAAGAGCAACGUGGCUGCUUACGUGGAUCAUCUGGAGGCUUUUCUUCGCUUCAGGCCGCAUGACUACGAUCUGGACGUGUCCGAGGGACCCAUGGCACACUACCGCAGCCUGGCCAGGGAUCUGCAAUGUGAGGCCUUCCUGGAGUUUAAGCAGCGGCUGGAAGGCCUGGUGUGGCAGCCGCUGUGCAGCCUGGCCAAAGCCCUGGCUGGCCCUCAGAACCUAAUCAAGAAGCGCCUGGACAAGCUGCUGGACUUUGAACGGGUGGAAGAGAAGCUUCUGGAGGCAGGCAGUGUGACCUAUGAGGAGGAGGCAGCCCGGCACACGUAUCAAGCGCUUAAUGCCCUGCUGGUGGCCGAGCUCCCGCAGUUUAACCAGCUGGCUGUACAGUGGCUGGGCCAGCUCCUGUGCACGUUCGUGGCCCUCCAGAGCGACCUGGCAAAGCAGGUGCUGCAGAGGGCAGAGAGCAGCAUGGCCCAGCUGCCCCACCGCCACCUCUCAGAACCUGCCUUCAGGAAGCUGGUGGAGGACACCCUAGGCCAAACCAGUGUCCGGCUUCACUCCUUCCAAAAGGACUUUGAGAAGGUGCUGCCACCUCCCACCGUGCAACCACUGCUGCCGGGAUCUGAACGCCAGGUGCAAGCUCUCCUGAGCAAGUAUGGCCCUGGGAAGCUGUACCAGGUGACAAGCAACAUCAGUGGGCCAGGGACCCUGGACCUGACCCUGCCGCAGGGCCAGAUCGUGGCCCUGCUUCAGAACAAGGACACCAAAGGCAACAGUGGCCGCUGGCUGGUGGACACCGGGGGCCAUCGGGGGUACGUGCCAGCUGGGAAACUGCAGCUAUAUCACAUUGUUCCAAAUAAUAAGGAGCCCAGAGGGCAGGUGGGCCCACAUGUGGACUCCCAGCAGCCGACACUGCUGCCCACCCCAGCCCCUUCCCCCUCUGUUCCUGCUGUGACCCAGGUGGUGGCGGUGUACCCCUUUGUGGCCAGGAGCCACCAUGAAGUGAGCCUGCAGGCCGGCCAGCCUGUGACCGUCCUGGAGGCUCAGGACAAGAAGGGGAAUCCGGAGUGGAGCCUGGUGGAGGUGAACGGACAGAGGGGAUAUGUGCCCUCCAGCUUCCUGGCCCAGGUCCCAAGCCCAGCGUCAUGGGGCUGGAGUCUCCCCUCUUAGCACGUUCUCCUUGGAGCCUUUGUUGCCUAAAGAGGAGAAUAGAGGCUGUGACCCUG